GUCUCCCUCUUCUGGCGUUCCUCUGGUUCCAUCAGGAACUAGUUUGGAGAGAGAGAGAGAGAGAGAAGAAGAAAGAGACACCCUUUAGAGAGACAGAGCUCAACACCCCAUUUCGCUUUCACAUUUUUCACUUUCCUCUUAUUUGUGAUGCUCAAGUCUUUUCUUUUUUAGAUAUAAGAUAAUAUAUGCAAUACAAAAGCUCGAGUCUUUAGGGUUUUCUGGUGCCAAGUUUUCAUUUUUCUAUUAAAAAAAAAUACAAAUGGUGAACUUCCCAGAAUCAAGGUAGGUGAAUAGAUUACAAGUUUAACCAUUUGUUUAUUUAGGGCCAGUUUCUAUACAAACAGUGUCUUUUAGUUUUCAUUUGAAAACUGAUGCAGUAUCAACAAUUGAAGUGGGGUGGUGGUACUUAUUUUCUUACUACUCAACUGCUACUAAUCUGAGAUUGAAAAAGUGGUGAGUGAAGAGGUUUGUAUGGGAUUUUUGGGCUGCAACGAGUCAAAAAGCGAUACCGUUUUGUGACUGGUUUCUUCAGUAGUAGGGAAGAGCUGUGGAGAGCCAUCGUUUGUGCCUUUGUGGAAUGUGAUAGAGAAAAGAGAAAAUGUCUCGGAUUCAACUCCACAUCCUGCAAAAAGAUGGUUACAUGGGCUACUCUCCUCCAUUUGUUCCUACUUCUUCGUCUCCAUAUAGUGGUGGUUUUCAUAAAGAAACACCAAUACCACCAUCAUCAUCAUCAUCAUCACAAUCACCAUCCUCAUCUGGUACAAAAAUAAGUCCUGCUGUUCUUUUUAUCAUUGUGAUUUUGGCUGUACUGUUCUUCAUAUCUGGUCUGCUUCACCUGCUCGUUAGAUUUCUCAUAAAGCAUCCAUCUUCCUCAGCUACUUCUCAAUCUAAUAGAUACCCAGAACUUUCUACAUCUGAUGCUCUUCAGAGACAGCUUCAGCAACUCUUCCACCUCCAUGAUUCUGGUUUGGAUCAAGCUUUUAUAGAUGCUUUGCCGGUUUUUCAUUAUAAAGAGAUUGUGGGUCUGAAAGAGCCGUUUGAUUGUGCUGUUUGUCUUUGUGAGUUUUCUGAAAAGGACAAGCUCAGAUUGCUUCCUGUGUGUAGCCAUGCUUUCCAUAUCAAUUGCAUAGACACUUGGCUCCUCUCAAACUCAACAUGUCCUCUGUGUAGAGGAACCCUCUUCACGCCUGGCUAUUCUAUUGAAAACCCAAUGUUCGAUUUCGAUGAUUUUCAAGAUGAUGGCCGUUCUGGUAUUGGCGGGUACACUUCUUCACAGAAAACAGUAGAGAUUGAAGAAACUGCUGUUGUUAAUAAAAAGGGUGUUUUGCCUGUUAGACUUGGUAAAUUCAGAAAGGUAAAUGUUGAGGCAGCAGCAGGAGAAUCCGGGAUUGGAGAGACCAGUAGUAGUAAUUUGGAUGCAAGAAGAUGUUAUUCAAUGGGAUCUUAUCAGUAUGUGCUUGAUGACUCAGUUCUUCGGGUACCCUUAUCCACUGAUCGAUUAGGCCAAGACAUAAGGCUAAGUAAAGCAACCGAACAAGGUAAUCCUACUGUUGAUGGAGAUAUGGAGGGAAAGAAGAUUAGUAGUGUAAGUAAAGGUGAAAGCUAUUCUGUUUCCAAGAUCUGGCUUUGGUCUAAGAAGGGCAAGUUUUCUACUUCAACAGAUUCACAAACUGGUAUGCCUUCUUCUCUGAAUAUGGACUUGCCAUGGAUGGAAAAAAGUACCCCAGGGGUAUGAUAUGAGUGAAUACAACGAGAGAGAUGGAGAGGGACAAAAGAGAGACAGAGAGGUAUAUUCUUUAUUAUUUUGUGUUGUGAUUAUCAUCAUAUUUUAAAUCGGUUCUCACUAGAAGAGUUUGGCCAGGAGUUGGGCUAGUUUUUUUUUUCUCUCCUUUUUGAAAUUAUUUGUGAUGCUAAUUCAGUGAUUCUGAUGAUUGGCCUUGUGCCAUUACUGUUUAUGUAUACCAUAUCUUGUUCAUUGACACACCACAAUGAUACAUUUCUCUUAAGGCAUUCUAAUAUUAUGAAAUGACAAUGUUGAUCAA